GAAAGCGACUGCAAAGAGUUUUGUGUGUGUGUGCGGAGGGUAUCGGGUGAUUUGUAUUCAAAAAACUCCCCCCCCCCAAAUCCCAACUAAAAAUCAAGGGAGAUACACAAGUAGGUGUCAUAUGGAAAAGACAUCCAUCGAUAUUCCCCAAAUUGUUUUGUAUUUUUAAAUGAAAACAACGGGAGUAUAAAAAGACGUAAGGUUUUCUUUCUGCCCCCUUUCUGUUUUCUUUGUUUCCAUUCUGCCCCAACGGAGAAUCCCAACAAACGACUAUAUCAACCUGUCAAAAUCCGACGCGCGAGUGAAGGGCGGAGGGCCAUUUAUUUUUUCCGUUAUCGGCCAUCUUAUCCAUUCGUCUUGAUUCACCUCACGACAGCCCUUUUUUUUUUUUUCCAUCGCAUCAAGAUUAAUCAUCGAUUACACACACUCUGUUAUUAACUAUGCCGCCCAGCACUUCCCUUCAUCACCCAACUUCCCUGAGCCCGUUACCGCAUCAACCUUCGAAUCAGUACACUAGAGGAUGUUAUGGUGGAUCACAGCCAUCCAUGCUGAACACGGCAACGACAACGUCUCCGUACACUAGCCCUCAACUGACGAAAAAGGGUUUAAUCCGACAAUUCUUCAACUCGCGGCCACAGCUCAAGGCAACCGGGGGACAAGGGCAGCCUCUUUCUUCUGCUGCUGCUGCUCACGGGCCGGUUACUGCCGAGGGUCCACAGCGUGCACAGAGCGCGCAAGACAUUAAAGGCUCAACCGCACCCUCAUCGCCUGUAUCGACUCCAAAUCCUCUUCCUCCUUCGACUGCUACUGCUGCGACUACUGCCACUUUGCCCUUCGUUAAAAAACCUCCAUCCUCCAUGCCCGUUACACCGCAAUCCGUAUCUCGUCCCUCCAGUCCUACCGCACGCAUCGCUCGCUCACCAGCAACACCGCCUCCUAAACAACAACAAAAGUCGAGAUCUUCCCUUUCAAAUGACGAUACAUCUCCUCUUCAACGUCUGUUGAACAAGUACCCUCUCAAUGCUGCUUUUUUGGCUCGCUACCAAGUCACCGCUGAGCUGGGUUCGGGCGGAUUCGGCCAUGUUCUAGCGGCUACUCGUAUAAAGGACCGGAAGGAAGUGGCCGUAAAAUUGAUCCUAAAGCGGAGAAUCCCCGUAUCUGCGUGGGCACGAGAUCGAGAACUUGGCGUCAUGCCAAUGGAAGUGUAUCUGGUCCGGCGUUGCAACCAUCCAAAUGUGAUUGCAUUUGAAGAUUUUUUCGAAGACGAGCGGUUUGGCUAUUUGGUGAUGGAGAUGCAUGGAACCCAGUGGAGUGCUACGGACAAUGCUUUUAUAGAUGAAAAGGACCGCAAAGAUGCCAUGCACCUUGCCAAGGCUGCUGAAGCAGCACGUGCUCAAGUGGACACGAUCCCGGAAGAAAUCGAUCCGCCAGAAAAGAAGGAAAACGAGUUCAUCUCUAAUGGACACCAUUCUCCACCUAGUUCCCCUACAGCUGCGACUGCGACUUGUCGUCAUCCAGCCAUCGCAAGGGUAAUAUGUGAAGAAACCGGUGGCGCCGAGCAAGUAUCGCCUUCUCCUCCUCACCGGGUACGACAACUCUCCAACCCAACACUUUCUUCCACACCGGCCCCUCGCUCCCUCCCUUCACCGCCACCCAUGGCUCGCACCCAAUCCGUCCCGCUACCUCCCAAACUUGCUCGCAAACCUUCCAUGGACCUCUUUGAGUGCAUUGAGCAAAACGCUCACCUUCCAGAACGCCAUGCUAGGCACGUCUUUCGUCAAAUCGCCGAAGCUGUAGCAUACCUUCACUCUCGUGGCAUCGUUCACCGCGACUUGAAGGACGAAAAUAUUGUCAUUGACUCGAACCUCCACGUUAAAAUCAUCGAUUUCGGGUCAGCUGCCUUUGAACCCUCUCACAAAAAGUCGCAGCUCUUUGACCGCUUCCAAGGAACUCUCCAAUACGCUUCACCCGAAAUCCUCAGAGGAGAACGAUACAAGGGCCGACCUUCUGAUAUUUGGGCCAUGGGCGUCCUCCUGUACACCAUGUUACACGGCGAAUGUCCCUUUUCCAGCAGCGAGGAAGCCAUGGCCAGUGGAUACAAGCCACCAAAGAUGCAGACGAGCGCAGAAUGUCUCCAAUUGGUGGACUGGAUGCUGGAAAAGACACCUGAUAGGCGUCCCAGUGCUGAACAGGUUUUGCAGCAUCCGUGGAUGAGAAAAGUGUUACCGUAAAUGGAUCGACUUUGUGUGUGUAAAUAGAAUCAUGUACACAAUUUUUUAGAGAAAUGAGAAAACCUCUUUCAUGUACAUUACGGUUUGUUUUUAAUGUUCAUAGUGUAUUGGCAAUAACAAAUGUCACAACACAAUACACCAGGGAAUAAACCGGCGGCAACCGGUUCGGAAAAGCCAAGUAAUUCCCU